AUGGAUAAUGGUGAUCAAUUUUUCGACAAUUUUCUAAUGUCUCUGCCAUUUUCGGAAAACAAUGUUAUUGAUGCUGAACCAAUUCGCUAUUGUCUUCCUCAUCAGUACUCAUCUUCUAAUACUACUUUGUCUCUCUUUCCCCAAGUUUCUCAAAAUCUUGCUGCUUCGAAACCAAUUACUACUACGGUUGAUUUCUCUUGCAUAGACGGCGGCAAGGACAAUCCUAAUUCAUCUUUUUUGACUCUCUUUACACGAGUUUAUGAAAACUCAAAACCAAUUGCAAACAAUACUCCUCAGCCAUCCCUACCCAACACCUCUUCGACAGCCCAAUCUUCCAUUGAUAGUCAACAUUGUUGUAGUUUUGCUUCAUCAAGUCGGGAGGUAAAUGCAUUGGGUAACUCUGCUCCUAAUAGAUCCUUGUUACAGGAAUUCAUCCCGCUCAAGAAACCCAAGCUGACAAAAGAAUCAAACAGAGAGGAAGGUCACUGGAUAACAAAGAAGCUAACUAGAAGCGNUAUAUACACACAGAGUUUAUAG